AUGGCUUCCUCACCCCCACCUCCGCCCUCGCGACGGCCUGUGUCCCGCCGGGCCUGCUUGUCGUGCCGCGAGAAGAAGAUCAAGUGUGAUGGCGAGCCCAUCAGCAAAAUCGUGUCUGUUGACGGCACCAAUAAGAUUAUUCCUCAGACCACCCGAGUGUGUUCCAACUGCAAGUUUUUGGGCAUCGAGUGUGUGUUUGUCCAGAGCAACCGUGGCGGGCGUCGCAAGAAGCGGGACUCCCAGGACGGGACGGCGUCGCCGGACAAGCACGAGGAGACCAGUCACAAGCGGGUGAAGCAAGAGGUGUCGCCGCAGAACGAGUUCCAGGAGCAGUCACUGCUGUCCCACUACGAGUCACACCACGAGAGCCAGUCGUCCCACCAGUCCCACCACGACACUCCGCAGUCCCUGUCCCACCAGCCCCCGCACCAGCCGUCCCACCAGUCGUCCCACCAGUCGUCCCACCACCCUCUCCAUGGCCACUCCCGCUCGCCACCGCUGCCCACCGGCUCCACCAGCUCCUCCCACCACGCCUGCCGCCACGGCCUGGACCCCGGCCCCAAGCCGCCGCCAGCGUCCGCUGGCUACCCCCAGCCCGCUCCCUACGCCUAUGACUACCCUCGCCACCACUUGGGGGUGUUUGGCGCUCCCAUGCCACCCGUGCCUCCCGUGCCGCCGGUGCCGCCGGUGCCCCCGUACCCCCGCUGGGGCAUGGCCCCUCCCCCACCACACACCUCGCCCGGCUUUGGGCCUGCUCCGUGGUCCAGAAACAACCAUUGGGGCCGGUACGGGCCCUGGGGGGCCUCCCAGACCCCGGGGGGUCCUGGUGCGCCAAACCCCGCGGCGCCCGCCGCCCAGUUCGCACCGUCCUCUGGCCCAGUCUCUGCCACCCCCACCGCUACCACCGCCGCUACCACCUCCCACCACGACGAGCCUUCCUACCAGUUCCCUCCCCCCGCGCCGUACGCCUACCAUCACUAUGGCGACCCCGACCACCACGCCAAGUGUCCCCACCCCCAGCACCCGUGUAGCCAUCCAAGACGCUACCUCGGCUAUGGCCCCGACUCUGGCACCUCGCUUCCCCAGCUAAAGUCCGAUCCCGAGAUCCACUUGCCCAAGAUUGGUGAGACAGAAAUUACCAGCAUCUCGCGAGACGCCAAUGUGAGAAAUAGUCCCCCCACGGGAGAGAACUCCUCCAAGGUCAGCACUAGCCCCCAGUCGAAGCAUCCCAAUGCCAGUCCCCAGAACGAGUCCACUCCUCACCACAAUCAACCCAUUGCCACGGCGUGGACCUCCCCCUUCUCGGACUCCGACUUGGCCCACUACCACCUUCCCGACUGGCCCACAUUGAACGCGGUCCUCGACGUCUACUACGUCUACUUCCAGCCGUGCCACCAGAUCUUGCCCUCCAAAGAUGCCCUCCUCAAACGCAUCUCCUUGAACAGAGAAGCCUCGGUGUUGCACGCAAUCAUAGCCACCAUUUGCCCCACCCUCGGCAAACAGCCAGCAAAACAUCUCGCCGGCCUCAUCAACGAUGAGUCCCACUGGGUCACCAACGCCUACCGCCACUGGGACGACCUCAACGACAUGGGCAUCCUCGUGACCUUGAGCUUGAUCGCAAAAACCUCCUCCAACAGAACCAACAUCACCCAGUUCAACGAAACAACCUCCAGGAUGUUCCAACUCAUCCACCACAACAACUUCAUCAAGACCUACAGCACCUCCCGUACCCAGAAGCUCUCGAGGCUCAACACUUCCCGACAGGUGUUUGAACGCGAAUUGAUCGUCAAGCUCAUCUGGAACUUCAUCAUCGACCACCAUGUCUUCUACAAGUACUACAAGGGCUAUCCCUAUAUCUCACAGUGUGAUGCUCGCAACUUCGAGCUCGACGAUUUCGUCUUGCCCUUGGACAACGCAGACUACUUGGAGGUCAGCAAAACCACAGACAGAGUCACCUGGAAGGAUGUCCAUGCCACGUCCUCCGACUACAAUUCCAUCAUCGUGUCUUCGAAAGAGUUCUUGGAGCUACUCUCAAGAUUUUCCGAAGACACCUUCGACUACAAAAUUUAUCAAGAACUGGUUUCAGCGGUGUCCCGUCAGGUCAAGGAACAAUCGAUUAUUUGGUUCAGACCCAAGAAGCGGAUCAUCAUCAAUAACUCGUAUCUCUUGAGCGAGUUCAUCCUCAACACAGGCUCCAUUAUCAACUAUGCACACACCAUCAAAGAUAUCUUGGUGUUGAAGCCAAGCCCUUCGGUGGAUUCCAACAAGCUCAUCUUAUUCCCCGAUAUCACAUCUUAUGCUCUUCCAGAUUUGGACCAAUUGCCCCAUGCCAUCGACAAGAUCGACGAAGAACGCUGGCUUUGUCUCGUAAACGUCUUGAAGCACGCUUUAGACAUCGUCGAGCUUGUGACCUUGGACAAUGGUGACAACACAGAUACUUCAAUUGAUGAAUAUAUCAUCAAUAUUGGCCCCACCUCUCUCACCCAAGGCACUCAAAUGGAUUGGAUGAGGUCCACUCUUUUGGAAAGCAAUAUCCGUGACGCAUGGCUAAAGUAUCCAUUCUUUGCUGUGAAGUCAUGCACUGAAUUGAUCUUAUUAUUGAAUAAUUUGAUCAUUCUUACCAAGUUCAUCCAAAUCGCUUUUGAGGUGAAGGUGCUCAAGAUUAAAACUGACAAGAAGGAAGUCCAGAUCAGUGCACCAGAAACUAUGGUGAGAGUGGUGAAUGAGUUCAAUGGGGAGAAGUUAGUUUCCAAGCGAUCCGCAAUCAUAGAUUUUAUCAAAGUGAAGUUGCAGGACUACGAUCAUGAGACAGUCGAAAACACAAUUGCAAAUAUUGACAAAGUCAACCAACAUCUCGAUCAAAUUAUGAAAUCACCCUGA